UGUCACCUACCUUAGAGAGAUGUCAGGAGCCUUAAUGAGAAGCACCUUCCCUGUUUGCUGAGUGAAGUCCUAGGCACUACAAGGAGAAAGGAAACAAAAUAACACAGAUUCCUUGACUUUUAAGAGUAAAUUGUUAAUAUGCUUCAUAAAACAGUGGCUGACAGUAGGACUCUGAAGGCUGACUGGCUGCAUUCAACUCAUGGCUCUGCCACUAAGUACGUGAAUGUGGGCAAGUAAUUUGACAUCUCUCUGCUUCAGUUUCCUCAUCUGUGAAAUGGGAUAAUUAUUUUACCUACUUCAUAGGUUGAUAAAGUGGCCCCGUGAAUAGGAAUGCCUGCCCAAAUACCAGAACUGGAGACCAUGGAUGAAGAUCAAAUAAUGAAAGAAGUCUUGGAUAAGUUUGUUAAUUGUCACGAGCAAACAUAUGAAGAAUUUCUGAGCACCUUUACUCAUCUUUCGAAAGGAAGAUUCUCGACUGGAAAUGAACUAGUCUGGGUGUGGUGGAUGUUUUCCAAUAUUAUGUCACUUAUUAUUUCAGAGGAUAAAGUGACCCAAAGAGGCUUGUUUGGAACCAGAUCUUCAGAAGACAUAUUUAUUUCAGUACAACUUACUCAUGAAAAUGGGCCAAAUGAUCACCGCCUUAGGAGUAAAGCCAUCUUUCUUCGUACUUCAUCACAGUCUUCAGAAGAGGAACAGAUAGUGCUGGAUGAAGGCCAACAAGUUGGCAUUUCCUUUCAAAGUGAUCCAAAUUGGGCAGGAAAGGUGAAGGUAGAUAAUUUCCUAGAAGUAGAAGAUUUGGACAUGGAUGAAGAGAUUAAGCCCCAAAUGAGCAAGGCAGAUUUGCCGCUGCUGCCCGGGGAAGUGGAGGACGUAAGCACCCACAUUCCUUCCAGCAUUCCUCCUGCGGCUGACAUUCUUCCCGCAGCCGACAUUCUUCCCGCAGCCCAGCCUUUGACCCCUGCAGUCAAUCCAAGGCCCACGGUGGAAAGAGCGGACACGCAAAAGGACGAGAUACUCGGGGAUGAAGUUCAGCCCUUCAGACUUGAUGAAGAAUUUGAUUAUGACACUGUGAUGCUAACCCCCAAGUUCACUCCUGCAGAGGUAGAAGCCAUCAAAGAACAACUAUCCAAGCACAAGCGAGAGAACACCAACGCGGACUUGGAGGAACCCCGUGACUGAUUCACCAAGACAUCUUCCUGUUUACAUUUUGUUCUUAUUCAAGCAAAAAUAGAAUAAAUGAUAAACCUACUGGAA